CAGAAACAACAUGGCAAACCCAAAUGGCCUGCCGAAGGACUUCAAAACUGCUCUUCUGGUCUUAUACAUAUUCAUCUUUAUCUUUGGGACUCUGAAUGUUGUACUAAUGUCCUGUAUGCUACAGUCUCAAAGACAUCUCUCUUUCACCAAAGUGUCUGUGAUCAACCUGAUAUCAGUGCACUCCUUUUUCCUUCUCACGGUGCCUUUUCGCAUUUACUAUUAUGCUUCUAACACAGGCUGGCCUCUGGGCAGUGAUUUCUGCAAAUUUGUCAGUCUUAUGAUCCAUGCCCACGUGUAUCUUGCAUUCAUCUUCUAUGCCUCCCUUCUAAUUGUGCGUUAUGUGGAGCACUCUAAUAAGCGGCACAAGCUAGAGUUUCAUCGCACCCUUCAUGCCACGAUUGCAAGCGCAACCGUCUGGUUGAUCAUAUUUGGCUCGGUGUUCCCAACUAUUUCUAACUACGGAAAUAAUCAGAAUAACAGAGACAAACACACUGAUUCAACUCCUUGCUUUCAUUUCAGUAAGGCUCUCUACGAUCAUAGAGUGAAGACAUUAAACUAUGUUCUUUGUACACUAGUAAUACUGGUUUGGAGUGUGCUAGCAUUUUUCCAAGUUUAUUUUCUAAUCAAAGUGAUUAAGACAUUUGGAAGGGCCACAUGUCAACGUCAAGAGUUCUGGGCACAAUUAAAAAAUUUUGUUUUCCUGUUGGUCGUGUUUUUUAGUUUUGUGCCUUAUCAAGGAUUCAGAGUAUAUUAUGUGAGUGUAUAUGGCAAUACCACAGGAAUACCAAAUACCACAGAAAUACCAAAUACCAAAGAAAUACGGAAUACUGAAGAAAUUCAUCAUAUAAAUGAAGUAUUUCUUGCUGUCACUGCUUUCAGCUGCUUUGAUAUGAUUGUUUUUGCUGGUAGAGAUGUAUGCAAACUUAUAAAUUCAAGGGGAUGGUUUAACUGUUUAUAGCAUCUAUGUUGUAUAUUGUUUUUGAUAUUGUGAAUUGGUUUCCAAAUGGUUUAAAAAAAUUUAUGCUUUUGCGCCUUAUAAGCUAAUAACAAUUGUUCUGCAUGACAGAAUGUUUGGAAAUAACCUGGUGUUUUAUUGUCUACAAUGAAUUAAAUAAUUUACAGUAUUUACAUCG